AUGACGUCCGCACGUGCAGUCCCCGCAGAGGAAAUUGACCUGACUUUCAAAUCACAAUACACGGACCUCAUAUCCGCGCCUCUCGGCUCCAAGGUCCUCUCAUUCAGCGAUGAGUGGUUCGCCGCCGCCUCCAACCUCAUCACACCGGGCCCGCCGAUCCAAAAACCCGGCGUCUUCGUCCACAGCGGCGCAUGGUACGACGGAUGGGAGACGCGGCGCCACAACCCCGAGCCCGCCGACUGGGUCGUCCUACGCCUCGGGACCGCGAGCGGCAAGAUCGCCGGCGUAGAAAUCGACACGACCUUCUUCAACGGGAACCACGCGCCCGAAAUCGCCGUCGAGGGCGCCUUUCUCCCUGACGCCACACCUUCACAGGAGGAGCAGAUAAAAUCCGCCGCAUACACGGGCUGGGAGACGAUUCUGGAUAAGCAGGAGUGCGGCCCCAGCCAGCGCCACGGCUGGCUCUUCGAUACUAUCACAGAGAAGGCUUACACGCACGUCCGCCUGCUCAUGUACCCCGAUGGCGGCAUAGCGCGGUUCCGCCUGUACGGCUGCGCCGUCCCCGUCUUCCCAGCCGAUACAUCCGCCGUGUUCGAGCUCAGCGCCACGAACAUGGGCGGCGUAGCCGUGUCGUGCUCAGACCAGCACUUCGGCUCAAAGGACAACCUACUACUACCCGGCCGCGGCGUCGACAUGGGCGACGGGUGGGAAACGAAGCGCACGCGCGGCGAGCACGUCGACUGGACUAUUGUCAAGCUCGGCGCCAAAGGCGAAAUCGAUCACGUCGUUGUCGAUACCGCGCACUUUCGUGGUAACUUUCCAGGGAAAAUCCAGGUCUUUGCUGGCGCGUUUGAGACCGAUCCGGCGCAUGCGGAUCAGGCGUGGGUAGAGGUUCUGGCGCCGCAGCCUGGUAAGCCGGAUGUGGAGCAGGUGUAUAAGGGGGAGUUGAAGCAGGUGGAGGGUAAGGCGUAUACGCAUGCUAAGCUGGUUAUUAUUCCUGAUGGUGGGGUUAAGCGGUUUAGGGUUUUUGGGAGGAAGGUGUGA